GACAAUGACGUAUAGGCGGCCCGGAAAUGACGAUGAAAUAUGUGGCUCUUGCACCAAUUUCAAAACACACCAAGAAGACGACAAUUUCAAAACAUCAGAGUGCCUACUGAUAACAUUACAGCUGUAAAGAUCAUAUUCACCUAGAGUUGCUUCCGACUGUAUUUUUACGGCAGAAGAUACGUAAAUAGUACCCUGUCAUUUUAGAGUUAUGUACCUGUUUUCUCCUCUUCAUAGCGAUUUCAUAUGAUGUGAUCAUGGAGACAACCCCGAUAAAACUGACACCAACUAAUGAAAAUACACGAAGUACAGCCCAGUCUUCUUCAAGCAGGCCAAGCGCUGCCAAGUCCAUGAGUUCCUCACUGAAGGAGAAGUUAAAAAGAUCACGCUACUCGUUCAGAUCCCCCCACAGUGUGGUUAAACGCCUUAAAAUUGAAGAUGACGAUCAACCACAGGCCUCACAACUGGGAGACACUAACCACAGUUUGACCGACGACAGAGACCCUGAUACUGAUGUCAAGCGGAAUGAUAUGAGGGGGAAAAUAGACUGUUCACUUUACACAGCUGAGCCUGCACAAAAAGACUCGAUUCAGCCAUAUGAAGAGCUAAGAAAAGCAGUGAAGGAGAAAUCAGAAACCUUGCGAAGAUUAAAGAUGGUCAGGAUGUAUAGGAAAAAGAAUGACUUGACCCAGCUGCAGAAGCUCACAGACAAAUGGAGAUCCUGUGCUCAGUCAGUGCUGUGUGAAUUACAGAGUGAAUUACCCACAGAGGGAAAACAAGUCAGUCUGUCUCAGCUUAUAGACAAUUUAGGCUUAGAUGACAAAAUACUGCACUUUGACAGGACAGAGGAAGACUUCACGGACAACUGAAAUUUAUUGUUUGUAUUAAUUUUAUUGACACUAUUUAAAUGGGUUGUAAGAAGCCUUUUCAGACCAGGUCAUUCAUCAAUACAUUCAGAUAGGAAGACUAUUCACAUUAUACCCUAUAUAACUUAUAAGACAUUGCAGUGUGACUUUUGGUAGGUUUAUCAAACUGUAUUGUAAUUUAUUUUACUUGUGUUGUCAUUUCACAAGUUUGUAUUGAAAUAAUUUUAUUUUUCAACCAAAAGCUGUAAUAAUAAA